GUUUACCGAGCUGCGUCGCUUUUCCUAUCAGCUGUUUCGUUUAUUGUGUUUUGGUUCAUCGUUCGGAGUCUCUUGUAAUCAAAAUGUUUACUUUCGUCUAAUAUCGAUAUUAAAAAGCGUCAGUUGCUUCAAUUACAACGGCAUGCAACGCGAUAUCAACGAACGUCCCAACGCGUAACAAAUACGAACGAAGAAGUGCAACAUUUUGAGGUUAGAUUCUCUAGUGCUCCAGUUGAAGACUGUGAACUUUCUAUCAAUAAAGUAACAUCCCACUGCUCGUGACUGAUUAAAUUGACGAGGACUAAAAUAUGGCGGACUAUUGGAAAUCCCAGGGUCGGAAAUUCUGCGAUUUCUGCAAGUGUUGGAUCGCUGACAAUAAACCCAGCAUCGAUUUCCACGAAGGUGGCAAGAAACACAAGGAAAAUGUCAGCAAACGUCUUAAGGAGAUACACAAGAAUAGCACGAAGCAGGCGAAACAGAAUAAAAAGAUCGAGGAGGACAUUAAAAAGAUGGAAAGCGCAGCCAUGGCAGCUUACCUGAAAGACGUCGAAAACAACACCAGAGACAUGACUGCUGACAGAAUUAUCGAGGAGAAGAAGAACAGGGUAGAGAAGAAAGAAACGCCAAACUACAAUCGCAUGCCUCCAGCCGCUCCAGAAACUAAUCCUAGGUUCAAAGGUAGAAGUCAACAGUUUUCUCAGGAGAUCGAUCCGUGCGAUCCAACUUUAUCGCGAAACACCGUGGAGCAUCAUCCGAGAACCCAACACAGGCCCGAGAACAAGGCUCCGGGAAAGAGCAAAACGAACAAAGGGAAGGGAAAGGGGAAGAAAGCUCACGAGGACGAUCGUCCCGCGAAACCUGUGCAAAAACUUUGGUACGAGGCACGCAGUCCCGAAGGAUACACUUACUAUUGGCACAUCGAAACCAACGAGUCCGUUUGGGAGCCACCAACCGAGGGAUACAUGACGUUCGCGGAACAAGAAGAGGAAGCGAAGGAGCAGGCUCUUCAGGAGACGUUGCUCGAACAACUCGAACAGGAAGAAGCUGUCGCGAAGGCAGAGAUUCUCGAAGAGAAGCGAGCCAACGCUGAAAGGGAGCAUUUGAAGCAACUGAGGAAGCUCAAAGACAUCCAACGGGUCCAGAACGACAAAGCUGACGAGCAAGUGGAAACCACCGAAGAGGAAAGUCGACCAUACAGAAGAGACUACAGUAUCCCCGAGAAGUCUCAUCCCUAUGGUCCUUGGCAGACUGUUCGAAUCACUGAAACGAAACCGGUGGACUUGCAGCUACCCCAACACAAGCAACCGCAACUUCCUGUAUUCGGGAAAGCGGAGGCGCCUCCCGUGCAAAGAACGUUCAAAGAAAAAAUACUGACUCAAGUAGACACAGGCGACAGCGACGAGGACAGUCGACCAACCACGUUCAAGAAACGAAAAAUUGGCAACAAAAACGUACGGAAACGAAUAAACGAUGACUGAUAGCCCAACGGACGCGACUCUUCGUCGCGAUUAUUCCAAUCUAUUCAGGAAAUGAUACGCAUGAAACAUUACGCUACGUCCAUUUUAUCAAACGACGUAUCGUUCAAUCGUUUCUGCCAGUUACAUGGUCAAUCGACCAGUAUAAAUGCCCCAAGGAUCGUUGCGAUCCCUUUUUAAUGUAACUAUAACGAUGAACAUACUGUACAUCGCACUUAAAAUGCGAUCACGCAUAAAUAUGUGUGUACAUACAAGGUAUAUAAAGCAACAACACGAA